AUGAGCAUCAUCGCCGCCAUCACCACCGUGAUGGCCGCGAGUUUGAGCGGCGGCGCAAUCGGCGUCGCGGCAAAAGAGGGUUCAGGCGUUUGUAGAGUCUCGGUAGCCAAGGGUAGGAAUCCCUUCCUUGUCAGGGUCUCCCCUGGUGACGGAGAGAUGAACCCGGAUGAUGGUGAGGACGAUGAUGAUGGUGGUGGUGAUCCUGGUAUUGGAGAAUUCGGCUGA